AACUGGCAAUAGUGAUAGAAAUGUUUGGGCUAAUGGCGGACAUUGCGUUUACAAAAACGCGUUACACGUUUAAUUGCUUGUUUUACGUGUGUGUUUUUUUCUUUUUACAGAUGAAGGAUUAACAAUCUUUGUUAUUAAUCAAGAGUAGCGUUCUAUCAAAAGUUUCAGAUUGUUUCCGGUGUUCCGUCUGUUUAUUUGUUGGACUAAAGGCUUGAUUGAGCUUAUUGAGCCAGUUCCAAGAGUGUUGCAUCUUUUUAGUUAAAUGACUUUCUGUUUCUUUAUAACUCCAAGGAGUUGAAGCUGGAAGCUAACACAAUGAGUUCACCAAGUUCAAUUACGUCGACUGAAAACUCCAACAAGAAAGCUGAAGACUCCCAUGUUGCUCUAAAACAAGAACCCAGCACAGUGACCGAUGAUGGAGUUAAAAACAAUUCAGCUCUUGCUAAAACAGAACAACCGGCUCAACCACCAGUUACAAAUGGUGCCUUACCAGAAAGUGAAGUGAAGGUUGUGGGAAAUGGACUUGAAUUGUCAACAAAUGGACAAGAUGAUAAGCCUGUAAAUGAUGGUCCACAUAGGGAAGUUCCAGCUCUCCUUCCACUCGGACCUAUCACUUCACCACCUUCCACUGUGCAACAGAGCACCAUACCUUCCAUCAGUCCUACCCCACCUGCAAGACAGCCAUUGCCUCAGCUGUUACCUAUGACUGUUGCAACAGCACCUGUUGUGGCUACCAAGAGUGCACCACCACCACCACCACCUUCUAAUCCUGUUGCUAAAACUAGAGCGAGAACGUCUCUGUCCGUCUCUACUCCUGCAAGCUCAUCCAAAGAACAGUUACCGUCUGGGCCUUCAACAAGAAGUAAGAAGGAAGAUGAAGAACCUGUAGAGCAACCUGUUCCAGAAAAAGAAAUCAAGAAGAGAAAGGUUGUUUCCAAAAAGCGACAUUCUGUUGCAUCAUCAGAUUCAACGGAAAAAGGCGAUGUUGACUCUGGUGGUGAUGGUGACGCUGGGCGAAAGUCCAAGCGUGCUAGAACUCGAACGCAACCGUUUCAGAGCUCCGAUAUGGACGUCAAUCUGCUUCGAGUUAUGAAAGCUUCAGCAGCCGCCCAAGCGGCAGCAGCGGCUCAGUUGGCCAAAGCCAACGAAGAAAAGCUUGUUGUGUUUUUUAAAGGAGAAUUUCUUGCUGUUAGAAAUGCAGAAGGAGGCUUCUAUAUCUGCCAGGCUACGCAAAACAUUUGCCGAGGCGGCCACAAAAUCCGAAUUCGUUGGCUUUCCCAAGAAGAUACCAAAAAUAAGAAAAAAGGAAAAGCUUCCGGUUCUUCGGAAACGGUGAAAGAUGAAAGUGGAUUUGACAUCUACACUCCUGACUUCUAUGAUACUACCGACUUUGAAUGCAUAUUGACCAAUUUAGAACUCGAAAAACUAGGUAAGGAUCGCUAUGGUCUGCCACUAGAUGAACGUACGCGGACCGAAAAUAUUCUCCAGCGAGCGCUCGCAGUUGAGCGAGGCGUGGUUGACAAGUUAGAAUUAACUGAAGAACAUCCUGACGGCCUUGACGUUUCACUGUUUCACGAUGAAUCUCAACUAAAGCGCAAAGGAAAUGACGACGACUCAUCUUCUGAAAGUGAAUCGGAUUCCAAAGAAGAAGUUGCAACAACAUCUGGAAGCUCGGCCAAGUCUAGCCAAUCAGCCGAACCUAGAACGUCCACCAGCGGCAUUGCUUCAACUUCAUCCGGAAGAGGAACCAAAAGAACCCGUGCAGCAGUCGUUGCCGCCACACGUCAAAAACUACAACAAAUGCGAUAUCAGGAAGAUGAUGAUGACGAUGACGAAGAAGAAGAUUCAAGCGACGAUGACGAUAUCGAAGGUGACGACAGUAGCAGCGAUAGUGAGCAAGGAAAGCGGGGUCGACGAAGGCGAUCCCGUCCAGUGCCUGCAACGAAAGCGCGCGUCAGUGUGCGCUCCACACGAGGGAAAAAGCUUGUACCACCCAAAAAGGCUGCACCGAUUCCUAUGAUAAUGAAACGCACGAAGGCAUCGUUCAAAGAAGCCGUGGAAGUUACUAGUAAUCGGAAAAAAGUUGAACGUGUGACUGUGGGUCCGGCUUCACCUCUCGAAAAGAUCGUCACCGUCGACGUUGAAAUGGGCGACAAUGACGCAUCGCCUGUCGAAGAAGAGCCCAAAGAAAUCAAGCUGGAUGCCGUAAUGGCCGAAGAAACGGAAUCCGGCGACGAGAAAGAGGCAAAAAAGACCAAGAAAACUGCAACUAAAUCAGUCGAUGCAAAGAGCGAAAUAGUUGUGACGGAAGUUAAGACUGAUUCGAAAAACAACGAUACGAACGAAGUGAAAGACACUAAGAAAGGGGUACCAGCUAAAAGCGAAAAAGAUGCAGUAGGAAACGAGUCAUUGAAAGCUAAAACCGAAAAGGGAGCAGAAGAUGUGAAGGAGGACGUUAAAGUAGUUGAAACCAAGGAAUAACUAGGCAUUCUAUUACCCCCGUUUUUUCUAAUUUAAGGUAAAAAUACAGAGGGCUAAUGGGAGUUAAACUUUUUGUUUUUAUGUUUUCCCAAUUUCAGCGUUUUCCCAGUGACUCUUUUGUGAGUAGUCUGGAAUGUUUCGAACUGAACUGAUUUCAAGUCCUGUAUUUGCUAUAUUUCGCACCGUUUGUGGCACGGGUUUUGGUAUUGCCUAAUUCCAAAUGAUCGUGUCAAGAAUUGAAUGUUUCCCUUGAGGAGAAGCAAACAAACAAUGACCAGUUGAACUUGCAUGGAAUUGAUUUUUUAUUUUUUUCAGAGGUUGUUCACAACUGGUAUUUCAUAUUGCCUUUGGUCGAUGGCAAAGGGUACAAAACUGGGCAAUCAGGGGAGCUUUUUGCGACGUGAUUUGCUUUCUUCGCAGAACUAUUGGUCUUUUUUUUUUUUUCUUCUUUUCGAAUCAACCCGGAAACACAAAAAAAAAAAGGUUCUUUAUUUCAAUAUCUGGCAUUUGUGCGCAGAUAUUUUUACGUUUUGCUUUAUUUGGCCCAAUUUUAGUUCUCCACCAACAGGAUAUGUGUAACCAGCAGCUUUGAUGACGAAUUGACUUUAGUUACAUGUGUGUCUGGUAUUAAGUGGUCUGUAUGGUAUUCUUUCCGCAAACCGACCCAACCCAUCAAUUUUCCCGUUUUCAUUGGUUGCAGCUUCUCUCUCUCCCUAUCACCCUCGCCUCAGUACAGUUUCUCCCCCCCGUUUCUUUUAAGCAAAGCGCGUUAGAAUCCAAUGGAUCGUGUGCAAUUGUGGCGUGUAUGGAGUUCGAAAAGUAGAAGAGUUCGACACCUACCGGUCUUCAUCUACACACCUUAUUUUCGUUCUCCUGUCAAUUUUUUUUGUUUUCUGAAACCAAAUCUUGCAUUCGUGUAACGUCCUAUCUAAUACCUCUCCCCAACCCCCAACAGCGAAGAAAAGAAAAAAAAAAAAAACAAAAACAUAAAGAUUUUUGAAACUGAGGGUAUAAAAGAUAAAAAUCAUGUUGUGUGUUUCUGGGCUUUGAUGUAACACAAAACCAUUUUGUUUGUUCAUUACGAUAUACGUUAUGACUAUUUUUCUCUCUUUCUUUAAAUUUCCAGAAAUUGGUCAUCUUUUUAUUCAAUAUAGCAUUGGGUCUUGUGUGUGUAUGAUGUGCCAUGAACAUUUUUUUUUUUUUUCCAAUAAACUCUGCACUUGAGCUAAGAAGCCAUAA